AUGAACGGUACUACCGGAGAAAUCAAUCUCUACGAGAUACUCGGCGUCGAGAAAGAUGCCUCCCAAGCAGAUAUCAGAAAAGCUUACCGCAAAGCCGCUCUCGCCCACCAUCCCGACAAGGUCCCCGAGGACCAGAGACAAGAAGCUGAAGCACGUUUCAAAGCCGCAAGCCAGGCUUAUGAGAUCCUCUAUGAUGAAGAGAAACGACAUCUCUACGAUACACAUGGCAUGGCUGCAUUUGAUGGGUCCAGAGGACCAGGCGGUAUGGGAGCCGAGGUCAACAUGGAAGAUAUCUUGAACAUGUUUGGCAUGGGUGGAGGCAUCCCGGGGAUGGGAGGAAGGAAGAUGCGACGGAGUCCCGAUGAGAAUCAGAAAUAUGAAGUUACGUUGGAAGAUCUCUACAAAGGCAAGACGGUCAAGUUCUCCAGCACCAAAAAUGUCAUUUGCUCCAAGUGCAAAGGCACCGGUGGCGCAGAGAAGGCUCAGGCAAAGGAGUGUUCCGCCUGUAAAGGUCAAGGUGUCAAACAGGUCCUGAGUCAAGUCGGGCCAGGAAUGUUGACGCAACGCAUGGUCGAGUGCGGAGCCUGUGAAGGUACCGGCCAGGUCUACAACCCCAAGGACAAAUGCAAGAAAUGCAAGGGCAAGAGAACCACGGAAGAGAAGAAACAACUCGAACUCUACAUCCCGCGCGGGGCCAGGGAGGGUGACCAGAUCAAACUCGAAGGCGAGGCCGACCAAAUCCCGGGAACAGAGCAGACGGGAGAUAUCAUCUUCCAUCUCGUCGAACAACCACAUGAAGUUUUCCAGCGCACCGGUAAUGACCUCUCUGCCAAACUCGAAAUCACUCUCGCCGAGGCAUUGGUCGGUUUUCAUCGCGUCGUCCUCAAGCAUCUCGACGACCGUGGCAUCGAACUCAAACAUCCCCAAGCACCAGGCCAAAUUCUCCGACCAGGUGAAGUCCUCAAAAUACGCGGUGAAGGCAUGCCAUUGAAGAAGAGCGACGCCAAGGGCGACUUGUACCUUGUCGUCGAAGUCCAAUUCCCUGAAGACGGAUUCUUCUCGGACCCGGCGGCCUUGGAGUCGUUGCAGAAAUUGCUCCCGGGUCCUGGUCCCGCCAUUGAAGCCGAAGAGACGGACGAAGUCGCCUUUGAGAUCGCCGACAUCGACGACAUCGGUGGCCAAGAGACUCAAGAUGCAUGGGAAGACGAAGACGGUCCUCAUGGCGCUCAGUGUCAGACCCAAUGA